AUUCAUGCUCAGAGCUGAAGCCUUGCUUGAAGGUCAACAUGGGAUUUGAUAACGAGUGCAUAGUGAAUAUUCAAUCUCUUGCUGGAGAGUACUUCUGUCCCGUUUGUCGCCUGCUUGUGUUUCCAAAUGAAGCUUUGCAGUCACAAUGUACUCAUUUAUACUGCAAGCCGUGUUUGACGUACGUUGUGAGCACUACUAGGGCUUGCCCGUAUGAUGGUUACUUGGUCACUGAGGCGGAUUCCAAGCCUCUGACGGAGUCAAAUAAGACACUUGCUGAAACUAUUGGAAAAAUAGCAGUUCAUUGUCUAUAUCAUAGGAGCGGAUGCACAUGGCAAGGAACUUUGUCUGAGUGUACAUCUCAUUGUUCUGGAUGUGCUUUUGGUAGUUCUCCUGUUGUUUGCAACAGGUGUGGGAUCCAAAUAGUGCAUCGCCAAGUACAAGAACACGCACAAACUUGUCCUGGUGUGCAAGGUCAGGUGCAACAGGCGGCCAUUACCCAAGAUCCUUCAGCCACUAAUGCUGCCACUAUUGCUUCUACUGAUCAAAACCAGGCUGCUGCUCCUGUUGGAGCAAUGGCUUCACAAGCUCUGACUUCUCAAACUGCUGCUACAGCUACUGCACCUGGGCAGGUUUCAAAUCAGCUAUCCAACCCAUCUUCUCAAAAUCAAGCUUUAGUUCAAACUGUUGUGCAGCCAACUGCAGAGCAAUGGUAUCAGCAGCAACAAUAUCAACAAUACUACCAGCAAUACCCUGGACAAGACCCAUAUCAACAGCAGUAUCAACAUUACUACCCCUAUCAACAGUCUGUAGUUCCACAAUACCAGCAGGCCUAUGGCCAGCCCCAACCCCAGCCCCAGGCCCAACCCCAACCCCAACCUCAGCCCCAGGCCCAAACCCAACACCAAUCUCAGCAUCAACUUCAACCACAGCCUCCGGCACAAGGACUGUCUCAACCGCUUUCACAUAUUCCAGCUCCUGCGACCCCACAGGCUCAGAUGCAAGUUCACCAACAACCACAGCAGCUUCAACCUGCUGUACAGCCACAUGGUCAGAUGAGUCUCCCACCAGGCCACGGUCAAGCUCUCCCUCAGUCUCAGCCCCAGACUUAUCCUUACCCACAAGUUCAGCCUCAAUCUGUCCAACCUCAACCCCAACAACAUAUGCAAAUGCCUCCUUAUCAGCAGCCUCAUCCUCAAACACAGCAUUCACAGCCUCAAAUUCAACAAUCAGUUCAGAAGUAUCCUGUUCCUCAAACUCAAGUUUAUCCACAACUGCAACCUAAUGCUCCAGUUCAACAUCUUUCCCAGCCCCAAAUGCAUCCUCAUCAACCCCUGACUCCUAAUGUCCAGCCUCAAGUGCAAAAUGCAUCGUCACAUGCGGUGACAGGUCAUAACUCGUAUCCCCAACCUCUGCCUCACCAGAAUAUGCAGCCGGGAGCCCCUCAACAUACUAUGCACAUGCAUCCUCAAAGUGGGCCUCAACACCAGGCCCAGCAUCCUAUCCAGGGGCAGAAUCAGUUUCCUCAGCAAACCCCAAUGAUGCGUCCAACUCAAUCACAUGCUAUGUUUCCUAAUCAGCAACAGCCUGUUCAAGGCCAAAGUACCCCUUCUUUGCAACAGCAGCCAGUGUAUACUCAUAAUCAACAACCUGGCCAAAUCAACCAACGUCCUAUUUUGCAACCAGGUCAACAAAUAUUGCCUCAGCAACCAUUUGCACAACACCAGAUGCCUAUGGCAUCUUAUUUACGACCCCAAGGUUCAGCACAAUCUUUUCCCAAGCAUGGUUAUCCACAGUCACAGGGUAAUACUGCACUAGCAAAUAGCGCUCAGCAAAGUCUAUCUCAAAAUGCUGUAGGAAGGCCUUUAAAUCCCAAUCAUGCAGGGCACAAACAGCCAUUUGCACAAUCUGCCAAUACCAUUCCAGUUAGACCAGGGCAAAAUGGUGCUAGCUACCUGCCUGAAAAUCAGAAUUUGUUGGUUGGGACCAAUAAUCGACUACAAUCUGAAUCUAGGGUACCAGAACCGAUUGAAAGGCAAGGUGAUGUCGUUGAGCAACAAACUGACUCUGCCUCCGGUAAGCUUGGUAAAAUUUUUAAGGAUUUGGACACACUUUCUGGAUCAGGAAAUGGGUUGAAAUCUGAAAAAGUUGAAACAGAUUUGAAACCAAUUGAGAUUGGGAAUAAGCAAAAUAGUGAAGAUCCACACUCUGUGAAGACUUUAGGCCCAAAUGCCAAUACAUUAGAUAAUGGUGAUUCAGUGAAUAAGAAUCUUGGGAAGGGAGAGGCUGCUGAAAGCACUUGGAAGCCUUUAAGUGGUAAUAAAUCAGGCAGUACAAUGCCUGGGAUUCAAAAUGAUAGUAAUGAGCAUUCUGUUGUCCAAGGCAAUGAGAUUCAAGAUGGACCUCCGCUGAAGAUAGAGACAAAUCUCUCUGAGUCAGAGGCUGAUAAACUGCGUAAUGAUGAUACAUGUAUUCCAAGACCUCCUUCUAGUGUUGACAAUCCAAUACCAGCUGUUCAGCAACCAACGAUAAAUUAUGGGCCUGCUGCUGUCCAGCAGAAGUCUUCUGCAAUGUUAGCAUCACAAUUGCCACAUCCAGCAGCAAAUCAGCCACUUUCUGCGAGGCACUCUUCAACUCUUAUCAGGAAUCAUGGACCUGCCCAUGCUCUUCAGUCGGGACAGCCCUUAACAGAGAAUUUUCAGCCAACCAUGUUCAAGCAACCGCAGGGUUCUGACAUCCAGUUUAAUACUCCAGGGCGAAACUUUCAACCUCAGUCUCUUGGACCCCCGGGGCCACAUAACCAAGUCCAUGAUCCUCCUUUCCAUGCUGGAGCAUCCAAUUUGUCUCGUUUUGGCGGGCCACAGUUCGGUGCACCACCUCCUGGUGAUAUGCAUAGUGGAAUAACAGCCAACUUACCACCACAUGCUCCUGAAGGUUUUGGUUUGCAUGAUGAAAGGUUCAAAUCUUUCCAGGUUCCAAGUCAACAAAAUAUUGAUCGAAGAGAGUUUGAAGAUGAUCUCAAGAAAUUCUCUAGGCCACCUUUGGAUGCUGAUCCGGUUUCUAAAUUUGGAAAUUAUUCAUUAGGUCCACAUGAAGCUGGAAAGAGACCGGUUGGUUUUCAUGAUGAUGCCUUUAAGAAAACAGGUUAUCCUGGACUAGGUCCUGGUUAUGGGAGACAUCAUGUGGAUGGAAUGGCUCCCAGGAGUCCUGUUAGUGAAUAUGCUGAGAUGAAUCCCCGGAGAUUGGGGCCACUCUCCGGUGGUCUUGUUAGUAAGUCGGAUAUAGAUGAUUUUGGUGGCAGAGCUGCACAUCGUUUUGGUGAGUCAGUUGGCAUUGCAUUCCGUGAUAGUCGGUUUCCACAUCUGCCUAGGCAUUUGCAUAGAGAUGAGUUUGAGGGUUUUCGUAAUUUUCGAAUGGGGGAACAUCCAAGGAGUGGUGAUUUCAUCGGUCAAGACGAAUUUGCUGGCCAUUUUCGAAGGGGUGAACAUUUGGGUUCGCAUAAUUUUCCUAGACAUUUGCAGCUUGGAGAGCCUAUUGGUUUUGGUCCCCAUCCUGGUCAUAUGCGAGCAGUUGAACUUGGUGGUUCUCGAAAUUUUGAAUCUUUCAGCAAAGGAAACAGGGCCGGUCAUCCGCAGCUUGGUGAGCCUGGGUUCAGGAGCAGCUUUUCCCUUCCAGGAUUUCCUAAUGAUGGUGGAUUUUUAACAGGAGAUAUCAGGUCGUUGGAUAAUAUGAGGAGAAGGAAGGCUGCUAGCAUGGGGUGGUGCCGGAUAUGUAAAGUUGACUGUGAAACGGUUGAAGGUUUGGAUUUGCAUUCUCAAACAAGGGAGCACCAGAAGAUGGCCAUGGAUAUAGUUAAAACAAUCAAACAAAAUGCGAAGAAACAGAAAUUAAUACCCAGUGAACAAUCCUCAGUUGAAGAUGGAAACAAGACAAGGAAUACUGGUUUUGAGGGUCGUGGAAAUAAGUAUUGAGUAGUUGUGGUUUGUUGUAAAUCUGAAAUGCUCUCCUGCAGUUUUCAUCAAAAGGUUGCUGCCAUCAAGUUAAAGGAUACGUUUUUCAGAUGUGAAGUACGUGGCAAUAAGGCCCUUUCCAUUGGGCACUUGCCUUUGCUGCACUAGCAAACUUCUAGGCUAUUUUGUUUUGGUGAUCCAGAUUGCCUAUUUAAUUAGCGAACAGCCUGAAUCUUGCUACAAUCACUUGAAAUGUGCAGGAAUUGUGCUGCUUUGGUGAUUCCCACGAUUCUUAUUACAGAAAAAAAUAAAUUUGUUGCAACUGACCUGCCCAGUUGAUGCAUGAAACCAUAUUGCUUAGUCCUCCCCUCCCUCAUUCUUUGACAUUUUUUUUUUAAAUAUAAGAAUGGUGUAG